AUGUGGAAAGUACGCUUUGGAAGUUUUGUUAAUGUCCAGUUUUCUUUGAAAAUCCUUGGAUUUGCACUUUUACUCGAACACUGCUUGAUUUGUACCUUUAGUUCUCGAGACUGGGCUGCUAAAGGUCCAAUGCUACAGAGGGGGCUCAGGCAGCACAUACUGAAGAGUGUUACACUUUGGUCAACGAUAAAUUCUUGGCCUUUUUUGAGCAUGCUUUUCCAAGUUUCGUCAACUAUUAUUGAGCCGUCAGAUCCUGCUGAUAUGGAUGCACUUAUGAAUGGCUUACGUCUAUUGAACCGUGGGGACCCAUUUGUCGAGUUCCUUAUUUCCUUUAGAGGAGAGCAUGUUGUGGCUACUGCAGAAAUAAAUCUAUAUUAA